AUGCGCAGUAUCGAUGCUUACUUCAACCGCACAUCUGUCACUACAGAUCUUGCUAAUGGGGUUGCUGUCUGCAAAGAGGUCAACGUUGCCACUGCUGCUGCGUCAUCAGUGGUUGAUACUGCCACCAGCCUGGUUGGUACCGUCGCAGGAGCAGCAACUGGAGUUGUUGGCGGUGUAGUUGGUGGCCUCGUAGGCGGUUCGGCCUCAACCUCGAGUUCGUCGGUCACCCCUACUCCUACUCCUGCGCCCACCACUCUUAGCACCUCGGCCAAGGCUCCUUCGCUCUCUGCCCAAGCCACCGUCUCUUUCACGACUAUUAGCUCAGCUUGGACUGGCAAAACUACCUCGACGACAACUCAAGUCAACGGUCUCUCCGCCACCGUCAUUGUCCUCACACCUGGUGUGGUAGCCGCAACCACCUCCUCUUCCACUUCCAGCUCAGGCGGCUACGUCUACAUGACCACUACCACCGACUCAGGCACAUUUACCGCAGUCCAAACCAAGACCUUGCUCCCCACCAUUGGCACAACAGCCACCGUUCAAAUCAUCUACCCCACCCCCGUCACUACCUGCAGUAAUACUGGCAUCGCCUACGCCGGCUACACAAACUCCUUCGCCGGGGGCCAGGCGACCUACGGCUACCCCAAGUUCACCCCCACCGUCUACAAAUCCGCCAAACCAUCUCAAACCGGCAUCACAAACUACAUUGCCGAAGUCAACAGUGGAAGCACGGGCGCCAAUGUGGCAUACUACGGCCGCACCACCACGACCCAAAAUUGGGUCAUCGAUCAUGUGUUUUAUCUUUUCGCAAGACAGGAUGGUUAUUAUUCUUUCAACAUCCCUUAUACGGAUGAUUUGCAGAUGGUGUGGUAUGGAGAUAAGGCUGUUAGUGGAUGGACUAGGGACAACGCGGAUAUUGUGCAAUUCUGGAGUUCGCAGAUUGCUGUGCAGACGCCGCAGACUAUUGCUGUGUACUUGACUACUGGCAGUUAUCUUCCUCUGAGAGUUAUGUUUGCUAAUGGUGGUGGCGCCGGUGAAUUGGAUUUCAACAUCUAUGGACCGGAUGGAAGUACUAUUCUUGCUUCGAAUAGGGGAUUGGGUACGGGAAGUUCGUCGAUUGAUAUCGUGCAGUUCCCUUGCGAUACUACCCAGGGCAAGAAGUUCCCUGCCUGGGGCGCUGAGACUUGA